CCUAGGCUACGAGAGUGUAAACAGCAUUUGUAUUCCUAAUUUUGCAAGUAGAAAACGUGCGGCAGUCGCGACCGAUAGAGACAGAGACCUAUUUCUUUCUACAAUUAAACCUCUGCCUUCUUACGAAAAUUUUCUUAAACAAUUCUUUUUACGAAAUUGAAAGCUCUGUCAAUAUUGUUCCACCGAAACGUCACUAUAUCUGAUACAAAAGGUAUCGGUGAUGUAAAAUUUUGUAGAAACGUUUACCCCAUAUAUAUUAUUUAGUUGUUUUUUUGCGUCGAUCCCCGCCUGAGGGAUCAGCUGUUUGCCGCGCAUGUGCACCUGGCCCCAAGGCGAGCGACGCCAUUGACUUGCGUCACGCGACGCAUGUCCUUCGCGCAUUCACAGAGCGUUGUCGUUGAUCGGUGGACGCGUUGGUCCCCGCGGGUUGUGCGAGUGUUACUGGCGUUGUUUACUGUAGGCCGCGGCCGGACAUACCGCGACGUGUUCCACUGGGCCAGGCGCCAGCAUGGACGCUAUAUUGGCAGCGCUCGUCGCUCUCAUGGCACUGGCGGCAGCGAUGGCCGCCGUGCUAAGCACCCUCUCCAAAGCUGCGAUUUUCGCUCUCCUAGCGGUCGCACCCUGCCUCUACCGUUACAGGAAACGCAUCUACGUCAUUGUCAAAACUUUACCUCGGGAUUUGAAAUUCCUAUGGCGGUAUGCAAACGGCAUCAUCAGGUCGAAGCGCUGGGGCCGACAGAACGCCACGGUGGCCGAGCUAUUCACACAGAGGGCGCUCCGGUGCCCCGACGCACCGUGCUUCAUAGUGGUCGAUGACCGCACAUGGACAUUUAGACAGAUGGCGGAAAAGUCAAACCAAGUGGCCCGUGUUAUGCAAGAACACGUUGGUUUGAAGCGUGGCGAUGUGGUGUGCGUGUUCAUGCCCAACUGUGGCGAGUACGUGUGGACGUGGCUGGGCAUGGCCAAGGUUGGCGCGGUGUCGGCGCUCAUCAACAGCAACCUGCGCCACAAGCCGCUGCUGCACUGCAUACAGGUUGCUAAGGCAAAGGCCAUCAUAUUCUCCGACAGUCUGGCUGGAGCAAUAGACGAAGUCCGUGACCAGUUGCCGGCGGAACUGAAGCUGUUCCAGUUGUACGGGAAAUGCGGGGCAGGCGUGAUAGACUUCGGCGCCGAGAUGGACAAGCAUCCCCCGGAGUACCCCGUGGUAGUCGACAAGCCGCAGUACAAAGACACGCUGCUGUACAUCUACACAUCGGGAACCACCGGCAUGCCUAAAGCCGCUGUGCUGCCCAACUCUAAGUAUUUGUUGGUGGUGGUGGCGACGGUCCACAUGCUGGGGCUCCGCAGUUCUGACCGGCUGUACAAUCCUCUGCCGCUGUACCACACGGCGGGCGGCCUUGUGGGCACCGGCGCCGCGCUCGUCGAUGGGAUAACCUCCGUACUGCGCACCAAGUUCUCCGGCUCCAACUACUGGACGGACUGCAUCAAGUAUCAGUGCACGGUGGCGCAGUACAUUGGCGAGAUGUGCCGCUACCUGCUGGCGCAGCCGCAGCGGCCGACAGACUCGCAGCACCGCGUGCGCAUCAUGGUCGGCAAUGGCAUGCGUCCUGCCAUAUGGCAGCAGAUGGUCGACAGGUUCAAAGUGCCCCAGAUAAAUGAAAUCUAUGGCGCUACAGAGGGCAACGCUAAUAUCAUAAACGUGGACAAUAAGGUGGGCGCUGUGGGCUUCCUGCCGCAGUUGGUGCCGACCUGCCUGCACCCCAUCGCGCUCGUACGUACCGACGAGCAGGGCCAGCUGCUGCGCGGCCCCGACGGCUACUGCGUGCGCUGCCAGCCCAAUGAGCCGGGCAUGUUCAUAGGACUGAUUGCGCAGGGCAACGCCUCCAGAGAGUACUACGGAUAUGUCGACAUGAGCGACAGCAACAAGAAGCUGGUGCGCGACGUGUUCUGCGCUGGCGAUGCCGCCUUCGUGAGCGGCGACAUCCUGGUGGCGGACGAGCUCGGCUACCUGUACUUCCGCGACCGCACAGGAGACACCUACAAGUGGAAGGGGGAGAACGUCGCCACCGCCGAGGUCGAGGACGCUCUCAUCGCCGCCCUCGCGCGCCGCGACUGCGUCGUCUACGGCGUCUCGAUCCCGCUGACGGAGGGACGCGCCGGUAUGGCGGCUAUCGCGGACCCUGAGCGCUCGUUGGACCUCAACAAGCUGGCGCGCGACCUCGACCUCUCACUGCCCUCGUACGCGCGCCCGCUUUUCUUGCGCAUCAUGAACGACAUAGAGAUCACUGGUACGUUCAAACUAAAAAAGCUGCAGUACCAGAAGGAGGGCUUUGAUCCUGACGUGAUAAAGGACCCGCUUUACUUCCGUGUGGGCGCCGACUUCGUGCCGAUCACCUCGCAGCUGUUUAGUGACAUUUGCAACGGCAAAGUGAAGCUAUAAGCUGAGGAGAGGCCGCGCUCUGCUCGCAGCACGCAGCACGCACGCGCCCGCCAUCUAGUGACGUGUACUACGAACUAUUGUGCGGUGAUGACGUCAUAACAAUUUAUUAUUACAAUCGAAUAUAGUACACAAUAAUUUUAUUCUCACUCUUUAGUAAAAUCAUUGGGACUUUUAAACCAAAUAAAUGUGAUGUUAACAUAAUGUAUUUAUUAUCAUUUAAAUAUGGUCAAAGACCAUAAAAAACGGAUGUGGAUGUGCAAAAGUGAUAAUAUUGGUUAUAGUUAGAAAAGGUAUAGAAAAAUUGCAAAUGACAGGUUGGAGAAGACGAUUCGAUCGGUCUGGGUGGUGGAGGGAUUUUUUUUCAAGACAAUACAAUUUAAGGUUAUCUUUUUGUGUAUUUAGACUUCGCCAGCAUAAUAUUUCAAGACAUCACUCUAAGCUAGCUCUUAAUUUUCAAAACAAUUUCGUCGAUUUUUAAAAACAAGUUCAAUUGUUAGAAGUAUAUAAUCUCUUAGACUCGAAAGUCCGUACGGAUUAAGCGAUUUUUAUAACUCAGAUUUAGUCUUAGAAAAAUCUUUUCUAUAGUCUACAUUCUGCCGCUCUGGAUACAUUUUUACUAAAAAUCCUUCAUAUUUAAAUUAUCCCA